GUUGAUGGAAAAGAGACCGGAAGCUGGAGUGCUACACCGGCGGUACAAUGAAGUAAUCUGUGCAGGUGGCACCUGCGGUUUACCUGCGCAGUUCCUGCGAAAAUCCUUUCUUUGAAGUUAUUUACAUAUAUUUAACCCAAACUUCCACGAGGAUCCUACUUGGUAUUUAUACAAUGACAACUCACAUCGCCCGGAAAAGUUACAGUAAGAGUUGCAUGACGUUUACAUACCUGUAAGAUUUGAGGUAUUUUGAAAUGGCUCGUUACUUCCUGACCUGCUGGUGUGUCCUUACCUGCAGCCUACAAGUUUUUGGACAGACACCAUCAUAUUUCCUCAUCGGGCAGACGUUUCACCUGAAGCCAAUAAUGUCGGAACAACCUGAUAAGAUUCUGUGGAAACACAAUGGCAAAAAACUGGUGGAGUUCAACGGCAAGGAGGAGCAUGUGUACGGCCAACAUCAACACAGAGCCACUCUGGACUGGAUCACUGCAGAACUCAAUAUCACACACGUCCGAUAUGAAGACACUGGGGUGUAUGAAUUGGAUGCCAGCAACAGCAACAUGGUGUAUCAGUUCUUUUAUAGAUUACAAGUCAUAGGUAAGGUUUCCAAACCCACCAUAACCUGCACUGUAAGAAAAGGCGACUCUGAUGAAAGUGGACCCGAGGCCACGCUGACCUGCUCUGCAGAGUCCACACGCUCGGAGUCCUUAGUGAAGUAUGAGUGGCAGUCGGGUGGAAAUGUGGUACCGGGCCAAAAAUUAACAAUCCCACUGGGAGAUGAACAUGACAAUCAGAUACACACUUGCCGGGUGAAUAACCCUCUGAGUAAUGAGGUGGAAACUUUUACUGCCAGGAGCUGCUACUCUGAUGGAGGUUUAUCUGUAGGGCUGGUUGUCGGCAUUGUGGUCGUCGUCCUUAUUAUUCUGUCAGUCGUUUUGGGCAUACUCUUCUGCAAGAGGGCAAGAAAGGGUUGUUUUGCAAAAACAAGCAAAGGUGAUGUGGAGAAACAGACUCCGAGAGGCAAAGAACAAGAUAAGAAGAAGAAAAUAUUUCACGAAGAGAAUUUGAAGCUCCUGACAGUUGGGGACAGUGGGGGCAAGAAACCUAAAUGGCCUCCUUCACCACUGGGACAGUUUUACAGUCCCGAUCUGCCAAAUGUGACUAGCGGAGAGAAAAGUCACACUGAAGAAGGUCAUGUCAAACGACGUGUUUCAGAGAUUGAAAAACAAUCCACAGGCAAGAAACCUGAAUGGUUGAAAUGA